AUGAUUUUUAACGUUUUUACAGACAGACUCUCCCGCCCGCAGGAUGAUUUUCAGAGCCUUAAUCUCACCUCUUCUGCUCGAAGGGGUUUGGAUAAAAAUAGCGAUAACAAGCAAGAGAGUUCGACAUUGGUAAGUGGGAGUGUUCAAGGAUUAGGUAUGGGUUUGCCGGAUUUGAAGAGCAAGAAAAAGGGUAAGCAGAAAUCAGCACAACAGCCGAAGCAAGAAUCGCGUACUUCUGAGGCACUCGAUAAGCUGAGAGAGCAAACGAGGGAGGCCGUUAAAGGGUUGGAAUCGGUGACCGGGCCCCGCCCCCCGGUGGGCGGUGAUAGCUUCGGUGGAGAUGCGAUGAUGGAGGAUUGGGUCAAGCAGUUUGAGGAGCUUGCCGGCUCUCAGGAUAUGGAGUCGAUGGUGGAAACCAUGAUGCAACAACUGCUUUCAAAAGAAAUCCUUUACGAACCCAUGAAAGAAAUUGGGGAGCGAUAUCCAAUAUGGUUGGUUGAGAACAAAUCAAAACUAACGGAGGAAGAAUAUUCCCGAUAUUCACGGCAGCACGAGCUUAUAAAAGAACUAAACAACGUAUACGAAGCUGAGCCAGAUAACUUCAACAAGGUUGUUGAGCUCAUGCAGAAAAUGCAAGAGUGUGGCCAACCACCUAAUGAUAUUGUGCAAGAGCUCGCUCCCGACUUUGAUUUAUCAACUCUUGGACAAUUAUCACCGGAGAUGUUCGAGUCUCAACAGGGUUGUUGUAUUAUGUGAGACAACACACACAAUUGCUCUGUAAUUUUAUUUUCCUUUUGUCUGAUAUCUCUUUUCAUUAAACUUUGUUUCUCUUUUUUUUUUUUUUUUUUGUUUUAUUACAUUUGAAUUUACCAGAUUAUAUUUUGCAAUGACAGCAAGAUUUGUUUAUAU